AUGACUCCUAAGCGAAUUGAAAUUAUUAUUCUCCUAUCCAAAUCAGAAAUGGACAGCGAAUGGCCACAAAGAUUGCAAAUUCUGGUCAAUGAUGCUCUUGGCGGGACGAAAAUUAGAGUCACAGUUCGUGCCACGUCCAUACUUGACCACGACGAGAGAGCAAUGGAAGAAUUUGCUGCCAUUGUGGUGGAUUGUAGGGGCGCGGACGAGAUGGAGUUUCUAAACACCAAAUUCAAUAGUGAUAUUAUUGUGCAGCCAGAUGCCAUGUAUUUUCUUCAUGUUUGGAAGCAAGAACGAAUACGAUCCCUGCUGUUGACAACAAUCCCGUCUCCAUUGUAUAUUCUGGUGGGGGGAUCGCCAAGAAACAACAAUCCUCUCAGUAGCUCGGUCUAUUCUCGAACAGUGCAAAGGUUGGCACAUUGGUACCAACUUGGUUACAUUAUGAAAGGGCAAGAUGAAAAUGAAGAUAGCUUUGAACAGACCAUUGCAUUUGCAAUUUUGGUCUGGAUUGAAGACUUUUGCAGCAGUACAACUCUCGACGAUGCCAAAGCAUUGCUUCCUGGAGUUCAACAGCUGACAUCAGAAGUGAUGCCACCAUCCCUGGAACUAUCCACCACCUGGCAAGGCAUUAGUGAAGAAUGGCAUCGAAUGGAACGACAAUGA